CAGUGCUCAGUCAGUCUCAGGCUGUCCGGCCAGGGUGGUUGGUGGUGAGGAUUCAGGCUCCGUCCUGACGAGGCCGCGGCCUGAGGCUCAGGGCCCCCCAGCCCCUCCCUCCCAGCCCACCAGCGUCACCCCCCAGCCCCGAGCUGGACCGCACACCUUGGGACACGGUUUUCCACUUCCUAAGGACGAGCCCCAGACUGGAGGAGAGGUCCGAGGAGGUGGGCGUUGGACUCUUCGCCAGGACCCCGGCGGCGGGCCCCGGGGAGGCGGCCGAGGCGGCGGCGGCCGGGGGCGACAUGGCGGAGGAGCAGGACCUGUCCGAGGUGGAGCUGAGCCCCGUGGGCUCCGAGGAGCCCCGCUGCCUGUCCCCAGGGAGCGCGCCCUCGCUGGGGCCCGACGGCGGCGGCGGCGGCGGCGGCGGCGGUGGCGGCGGCGGAUCGGGCCUGCGAGCCAGCCCGGGGCCCGGCGAGCUGGGCAAGGUCAAGAAGGAGCAGCAGGACGGCGAGGCGGACGAUGACAAGUUCCCCGUGUGCAUCCGCGAGGCGGUCAGCCAGGUGCUGAGCGGCUACGACUGGACGCUGGUGCCCAUGCCCGUGCGCGUCAACGGCGCCAGCAAGAGCAAACCGCACGUCAAGCGGCCCAUGAACGCCUUCAUGGUGUGGGCGCAGGCGGCGCGCAGGAAGCUGGCCGACCAGUACCCGCACCUGCACAACGCGGAGCUCAGCAAGACGCUGGGCAAGCUGUGGAGGCUGCUGAACGAGAGUGACAAGCGCCCCUUCAUUGAAGAAGCCGAGCGGCUCCGGAUGCAGCACAAAAAGGACCACCCGGACUACAAGUACCAGCCCCGGAGGCGGAAGAAUGGGAAGGCGGCCCAGGGGGAGUCAGAGUGUCCCGGCGGGGAGGCCGAGCAGGGUGGGGCCGCCGCCAUCCAGGCCCAUUACAAGAGCGCCCACCUGGACCACCGGCACCCGGGAGAGGGCUCCCCCAUGUCAGACGGGAACCCUGAACACCCCUCAGGCCAGAGCCAUGGUCCACCCACCCCUCCGACCACCCCAAAGACAGAGCUGCAGUCGGGCAAGGCAGACCCCAAGCGGGAUGGGCGCUCCAUGGGGGAGGGCGGGAAGCCUCACAUCGACUUCGGCAACGUGGACAUCGGUGAGAUCAGUCACGAGGUAAUGUCCAACAUGGAGACCUUUGAUGUGGCCGAGUUGGACCAGUACCUGCCACCCAACGGGCACCCGGGCCACGUGGGCGGCUACUCGGCAGCCGGCUACGGGCUGGGCAGCGCCCUGGCUGUGGCCAGUGGACACUCCGCCUGGAUCUCCAAGCCACCGGGUGUGGCUCUGCCCACGGUCUCGCCACCCGGUGUGGAUGCCAAAGCCCAGGUGAAGACGGAGACCGCGGGGCCCCAGGGCCCCCCGCACUACACCGACCAGCCAUCCACCUCGCAGAUCGCCUACACCUCCCUCAGCCUGCCCCACUACGGCUCUGCCUUCCCCUCCAUCUCCCGCCCCCAGUUUGACUACUCUGACCAUCAGCCCUCAGGACCCUAUUACGGCCAUUCAGGCCAGGCCUCUGGCCUCUAUUCGGCCUUCUCUUACAUGGGGCCCUCGCAGCGGCCCCUCUACACGGCCAUCUCUGACCCCAGCCCCUCAGGGCCCCAGUCCCACAGCCCCACGCACUGGGAGCAGCCAGUAUACACGACGCUGUCCCGGCCUUAAAGGGGGCCCUGUCAUCACCACCCUGCCCGGCCCCUCUGGGUAGCAUGCCCCUUCCCCCAGCCUUUGUGCCCUGUUCCUCGCCCAUCUCAGACCUGGUGGUGGGCCGUGGAGGAGGGUGCAGAGGCUGACAGCGGAGAGAAGGCUUUCUGUCUGGCUCACUGCCUUUGAUGACCCCACCCCGUCCUAUCCAGGCAAAGCCCCGGGCUCCUAGGCUGGGCAGAGGAGAAGGAGGUUGAUUGUCGCCCCUAGACUGAACGAUGAGGGGCCGCACCUUCCCACCCCCCACCCGCCCCCCCGGAAUGACCCUCAUCCCAGGACCUGAGAAAGACCCACUCUCACCCUCCUCUGGGGGUGGGGGAGGCAGCCGGGGCUGGGCAGGAACCGGAGGCCUUGCCGUACCUUGUGCCCAUGUUCGCGCUCUCGUGGAGAAUGAGGGGUCUGACAUAGCCCUUGCCACUGUGCCUAAGAUCAAAGCCACCCAGAGACCUGCAUGAUGCCUGCAGUGGGCUAUGUCCGCCGCCGCUUUGAAAGCCUGGGAGGGGAGGGGUCUCAGAGGGAGGUCUCCUUAUCCCCUCAGCGUCCCCUCCCCUUCCGGACACAGGCAGGAGUUGGUACAGAGGCCUCGCGAUGCAAUUCUGUGCCCACCAAACCCCCUUCUUCGUCUAACGGAGAAAGAGGCCCCGGUCCUCCUCCUCCUCCUCCUCCUCCCCCUCCCCCCCCCC